UUGCGACCAAAGAUGAUGAUGCCUUUUGAUACUCAGCCUCCUCAGCCUGUGAUUAGUGCUCAUCCCAUCCAUUCACUCGACAACCCUCAUCAUCAUCACCUUUGUGACGGACCUUCAUCCCCAACUCGCAGCUACCUUCGGCAUCAGAUCAGCGGCCGGCCGCUUGGCCCCUCAGUAGACAGGGCCAAUUCUACAGAAUCUGUACGGAAUACACCAAAUAGUGACAUGUCGCCAGCACCAAGUUCCCAGGCUCACCCUGUAGAGAGUGUAGAGGCUGAUGUUCCUGCAGUUUCAUAUUUGCCUGGAUCUCAGGAGGAGGAGUCCAAUCGCAGUGUUCCAACUGCCCAUGUGCGUCCAUCCCACCCACUGAAAAGUUUUGCUGUGAUCACCAUCCCUCCUGUCAGCACCAACUAUGAAACAGCAUCAUCUAGUACACCUUUACUGUCUCAGACAGGACCAAACCCUCAAGUACACUCAGUGAAGACAGCAUCAAUAGGAACCCUGGGUAGGAGCAGGUCCCCUAUGGCAGUAACUGUACCCAGUGCACCAGAUGUUGCAGAAUCCACUAAAAUGUUGGAGGACUCUGAUAGUAAUUAUGGCCCAGAUGAACUGACAGAAGAGAUGACACAUCUCACAGGGUUAAUGAAGGAUCUGAAUGUUAUCACUACAGCAUAGAUGCAGACAGAAUACUAUCAGUUUCACAAACUGAAAACAGAGCAGGAGUGAAAGGAGUAUGUACAAGACACCCAGAGGGUCGGAUACAAAACAUAAUGUGAUGUGUUAAGUCUCGUGGAAAUUGCCUUUGUGACGAUUUCAGUCCAGUGGAUCCAGACUUGUGGAUAAUCAUAAAAUCCAAUUAAUGCUAUGGAACCUGACAACGCUCAGCUCUGACAGACCUCUGCUGGUUUGGAAAUGUACUGGAAGCACCAGUAUUGUGUUCAACAUUCAAUAUCGUCUAUUUACUGCGUGUUUACGUUUUCUGGUGUUAUGAAAAGAAUGUUGAAUUGUUACUUUGGUAUCCAGAUGUGAUGUUUGACUGCCUCAUCAUAAGCUGGUGUGAGAUGCAUCAGUUACUAACGUGGCCAUUUCUUGCUUCCUCUGCAUCACACAGUGCUGUGGCGAACAGACUAUUCUACAUCUUCUGAUCAAACUGCCAAGUUAUCUGCGUUCAUCACUGUGAUCUCUUAGCAACCCUUCAGAAUGUUACUGCUAGACUUGGCAAGUUAGCUGAUUAAAGCACAAUUAGGAAGAAGGAACUGGCAAGCCCCAUCCACAACUAACUCAAGGCUUAGCAUGACUGAAAGCACAUCAAUUUAAAAAGUGUGCAGCAGUUGAUAUUUUAUAUGAAGAAUAAUAUCUUUACAUGUUCUAUUGGAAAUCAUUUAGCCAUAAGAGAAAAGCUAAAUACACCCUACCAAAUGGGUUCAGAUUACAAGUUCUUUCUUAAACUGUAUCAAAGGGGGUUCUAGAUACCUUAUUGGAUGGGUUCAAAUUACAUGGUCUUUAUUAAACCUGACCAAACGGGUUCCCAUUACAUAACCAGCAUUAAACCCUAUAGAUGGGUUCCAAUUAUUAAAAACUUCAGUAAGCAGGCUCGAUUUCCCAGCCCCUCAUUGAAUCUUGUUGAGUGGCGCAUUUUGGUUACUGGAUCUGUAUUGAACCCAGGAAAUGGGUGUGUUUACUGUACAUUCAAUGGACCUGGUUGAAUGGGUGCCAAUUAUAUGACUCUUGGAUCAACUCAAUAAAUUGGGUUCAGAUUAGAUGACCUUGUUAAUUAAUGUAGUGAGUUCCAAUAACAAAAAAUCUUUUUUUUUUCAUCCUACCCAUACCAUCAUUGUAAUUGCUUCUACAACUAUAGGUUUUAACUUUGUUUGUGAAUAUUGCUUCCCUAUGUACAUCACCAUGAAUGUUAAUAUAACUGUUUUAAGGAAAUUUAUUGUAAUGAAUAUAACUGAACAAAGCUAUUGUGAAGAUUUAGAUUCUUCCCCAGUUGUAGGCAGUAAAAUCAUUUUUGCACUUUUUUCAUUCUUUUACAAAAACCUGUUUUCUUAUGGCUUGUGUUUAAAACUUAGAAAAACCUCUGGUGUAUCUGUAGUGUCCUCAUUAGCAAAAGCAGCUUUUUGUUUUCCAAGGAUGCUGUAGGUGCAAAUUGUUUAUUAAUCAUGAUGUAGAAAUGAUGCAAACUACUGUAGUUUAUGUACAAAGACCUUUGCUAGUAGCAUUAUUCUGUGGCUUUUUUAAAUUUCAUGUUCUAAUGUAAUAAUGGAAUUCCAAUACAUUUUGUAUUCAACCAG